UUGUGGUUGUUGUGUAUUCGGUGUUGGUUCUUUUGAUCAGCAUGGGGGAUUUGAUUGGUUGUUAAUUUACUCUAUGAUCCUUACGCUGUCGGAGCUGACGCCGUGUUAUUUCGUUGCUUGAUUAUGUGCGCGCUUUCCAAUUUAGGUUUAAUCUGACAAUUUAUAAUUCGGUGUUUCAUGUGUGAGAACGCAAUGGACUCAAUUGUUGGCCAUGUUUUUUGAUUUAUGGUGUAUGACCUAAGAGUUGGAACUCAUUAAAACUAUAACCAUAUGAUUGUCGAAGUUACAUUCUUUCCUAUUAAGCAAAGUUAUGUUCUCACCACUCUAACGCUUGGUAUUAGAUGCUCCUGUUGGUUUUUUUGGUAGACAUUUGGUUCUCUUUUACUCCCUUGAAAUAUAUAGAUAUUGCAAGUGAAAGGAACAGUUAUUUUUUACUGUCUCCUCUUGUUGGGUGUCUUCAUGAGGCAUUUCUUGGGAGUUUGUUAAUUUUGGUGCAUAAUUCCUGAGAAGAAAAACAAAGGCAAUGGAUUCAUUGUUCAAGCCACUGAACCAGGAGACAUCUGAUUGCUCUAUGGACGAGCAAGAUAUUCGGAAAUGUCCAUUCUUGAGGAAUAUUAACAAGCCAACUAAUUUAUCUUUCGGUUGCCUGAAUCUUCCCAAUCCUUUUGAUUCUCAGUCCAGGGGAGCGAAAGGCCCAAUUUUUGAGGAUGGUCCCAACUUCGACUUGGCCUUCAAACUUUUCCAUGGGCAAGAUGGGGUUGUUCCUCUCAGGAGAAAUUCUGAGUUUUCACCUGACAAAAUAGAGAGUGAGGUUGUCCCACAAUUCAAUCCUCUAGCAUCAAAAGCUGCAACUAUAAGUCUAUCAGCAUUUGGACCAGGAGGACCUUUCGGCUUUAAUUCCUUCUUCGGAAACACACCAAAUAAGAAGUCUGAGUCUUCGAGAAAGAAAGAGCAUUCUUCUAAGAGUGAUUCAUCAUCAAAGCACGAGGCACUCGGAAAUGAGUGGUUGGAAACAGGGAACUGUCCAAUUGCCAAGUCCUACCGAGCCGUAAGCAAUGUCCUUCCACUCGUCGCCUCAGCUCUCCGACCACCACCUGGAAUCAAGCUCAAAUGCCCGCCUGCAGUAGUGGCCGCCAGAGCUGCCCUAGCCAAGACAGCCUUUGUCAAAUCCGUGCGCCCACAGCCAUUGCCUGCAAAAGUUCUUGUGAUCGGUGUUUUAGGAAUCGCAGCCAACAUUCCAUUAGGUGUUUGGAGAGAGCACACAAGAAAAUUCUCACUCCCCUGGUUCACUGCAGUUCAUGCCGCAGUCCCGUUCAUAGCCAUGCUAAGAAAAUCUGUGGUGAUGCCCAAAACUGCCAUGGCACUAACCAUUGCAGGCUCCAUACUCGGGCAGAUGAUUGGGUCAAGAGCCGAGCGCCUCCGUCUUAAAGCCAAGACUGAGAGAGCAAACCUCACGGCACAGGCGACGCCCACUGCAAUGGUUCUGGAAGCUAGCUCAACCCCGGCAGACUGCAUAACUGGUGGUCAUUGCGGGAAGCAGGGGAUGAUGUGGGACCCUCUACCCCCAACGAAGAUGGCGAAAUCUUCGUCUUCGCCAGCUAGCGUGUGUUACUGAAGUCGAAAGCGAAGCGCGUAACAAGGUCAGUCAGUCGAAGCAUGUUCUUGAAGAAAUAAAGUCUUGAUCAAGGUUCGAGACAGGAUAUGUGUAAUGUGUAAUUUGAUGUUUUGUGAUGAAUUGUAGUGAUGUGUAUGUAACCAGCCAUUUGUCCUGUUUAUGUUGAAACUCAGAGAACAUAUAUAUAUAUGUGCUUACAGUUGUUCUAAA